UCACGCAAAGUCGGCGAACCUCUCCUUAAUGAACGCCCUGCACUCGUCCGCCGUCCCCUCAGGGUGCCCCAGCAUCCACACCACCUGCUCGUCCAUGACCUCUUUGAACUUGGGACCUUUGGGCAACUUCGGCAGCACGCUCUUGACCGCAUUGCCGUCCAGCGGCGGCCCUUUGUCCCACACACCGUCGAGGCCGAACCACUCCACGGCCUCCUUCACCGCCCUGUAGCUGGAUAUGACGUGUUUGGAGGAGUGGAGGGGGACGGCUGGCGGGGGACCACUGAGAGGCGGGGUGGUGGGUUGGGUGUGGGAUGGGGAUGAGGGGGUCACUCUGCCGAUGGCGCCGGCCAUUGCUACCAUCAGGGACGCCUGGGGCAGAAGACACACAUGGACAACACGCGUAAGUGAGUAUGGAUGCCAAGCGAGAUCUCAUGGAUGCUGGUGCCAGUCGGCGUACGUUCCACAGGUGCCCCGCCUUUCUAAGUAUGAGUCCCAGGUCGACGCGGCGGUACCGCUGAGAUGCAGAAGAGCCCUCGUGCGUGGUGCCAUCCGCCUCAUCUGCACCCUCCUGCUGCUGAGCCGCUGCGGAUGGCGCGCCUGCGUGGGUCUUGGGAGGUGGGGGGACGCCUCCCUCGCCCCAGUCGCCGACGAGGCGCUGGUACUCGAGGGCGACUGACAGGAUGAGAUCGACACUGACACAAAGAAGAGCGAAGAGGGCGGGAAGAAGGAGGUGGACUGGUCGUGUUUUUCGUGUAGCGUACCGUUCUGCGUCUCGUUUUGGCAGCUUGAGUCGGUCGCCCAGGAGGUAUAUGACGACGGAAGAGGCCUUGCCCUUCUUGCCCUCGUACUGCAACCCUGGUACCACGAGCGCAGACCCAGACGCACAUGAGAGAGAAGCCUUCGUUUGUCUGCCUGCCUGCCUGCCUGUCUGCCUGCCUGUCUGUCUGUCUGUCUGCCUGUCUGUCUGUCCGUCUGUCUUUGUGUGUGCGUGUGUUUCCUUUCGGACCGGCGAUGGGUGCGAGGAAUGCCGCAUAUCUCAUAAGUCUCUUCUCAUCGGGUUCCCACUUCUCCAUCGAAAACACACCGUCCCCCUGCAACCUACCCAAAACCACACACAGCAACUUAUGGAUGCGUUCCGUGACUCUCCCGCGCCACAUACUGAUGUCAUUACUUGUCGAUGACGCUAUGGAGGUUCUGCACGGUCUGCAUGCCGUCGCUGUACACCGCCUCUUCAAAUGUGUAGUUGCCCGCCACAUCGCCGGGCGGCACCACAUCGGGCGCUGAAGGCCGCACAUAGCGGUCGAGCUGCUCGGGCCGCCACUGGAUCUUUCUCGGCAGUUCGAAGAGAAUGGGCGCCAGGCGGAGGGAGGUGAUCAGCAGCCACGCGUGGACGGGGUGGCUCCUUCCCAUCAU